AUGGAGGGUAACCAGCUCGACGGAAUGAACAUGGCGGAACUGAAGGUUUCCGUGGAGGAGCUCACAAGACGACUUCGUCCAUUCCACCCCCCGCCGCCACCGGUUCCCUUCGAUGAAGCGAAAGAUGCCGGUGCCGUGGAGUCGGAAAACUUCUCUCCCCGCGAAACCAGUUACUCCACCGUUUUGACCAUCCAUGAGUCCACACAUGCGGACGGUCGCAAGACGUACGAAGCCCAUACGGGUCCUUUCGUCCGCUCUCCGGAUAUGGACGCUCCUGGCGCCGGUGAGAAUGAAGCCAUCAUCGACGUACCGUCCCAGCCCGGAACCACCUACAUUGAGCGCCUACGCAACAACCGUACCAUGCAAGCGAUCAGCACCAAGAGACGGCGUAAGCUGAAGAUGAAGAAGCACAAGUACAAGAAGCUUUUGCGGAAUACGAGGACCUUGCGUCGCAAGCUUGACAAGGCUUAA